CGUUUGCGAGCCGGACACUUGAGCGGUGCGAUCUCUGGGCUGAGAAGCCGAAUCGCUUUGUGCAUCGAUAUUUUUAUGCGAUAACGCGUAGUUUUGGUUUUCUACCUCGCUUUUUUUGCGUCUCGCUUCAAUAUCCUUCGAAGUAGGAGAGCAUUCGGCUUAGAGGACAUCACGGAAGGUUACAGUCUCCGAGCCGAAAGCUGUAGGAGCUUUGAGAUCGUGGGGAAACUCGCUUUCGGGUGAUCAUGACGGAUUCGGUCGUGGACGUGAAGUCGGAGGUAAAACAGGCCAGUAAGGAAUUUAAGGAGAGUGAGAAUGUGGCGGAGAAGUACUCUGCCCUGACUGUGUGCAAGAAGAGCGAGGCGGGUGCGGGCGAGCUGUCCGCCGCAUUCACUGCAGUCAACACGCACAAGAGCCUCAAGAAGCAGAUUCAGUUCGCCACCCAAGAGGAUAAGCAGGAGUUCAGCAAGUUCCCCACUAAGACAGGCCGCCGCUCACUGUCCCGCUCCAUCUCCCAGUCCUCCACUGACAGCUACAGCUCUGCUGCCUCGUACACAGACAGCUCAGAUGAUGAAACAUCUCCUCGAGAGAAGACUCAGGUCAGCUCUAAAGGUAGCAGCGACUUCUGCGUCAAGAACAUAAAACAGGCCGAGUUUGGCCGAAGGGAGAUCGAGAUUGCAGAGCAAGAUAUGUCUGCGCUGAUCUCGUUGAGGAAGAGGGCUCAGGGAGAGAAGCCUCUUGCUGGGGCCAAAGUAGUUGGCUGCACCCACAUCACCGCACAGACGGCAGUCCUGAUUGAGACAUUGGUAGCUCUGGGUGCUCAAUGUCGUUGGGCUGCUUGUAACAUCUACUCUACUCAGAAUGAGGUGGCUGCUGCGCUGGCAGAAACGGGAGUGGCUGUUUUUGCCUGGAAAGGAGAGUCUGAGGAUGAUUUCUGGUGGUGUAUUGAUCGCUGUGUCAACACAGAAGGCUGGCAGGCAAACAUGAUCUUGGAUGAUGGUGGUGACCUCACGCACUGGGUAUAUAAAAAGUACCCCAGUGUGUUUAAGAAGAUUCAAGGAAUUGUAGAGGAGAGCGUCACUGGAGUUCAUAGACUCUACCAACUCUCUAAAGCUGGAAAACUGUGUGUCCCCGCCAUGAAUGUCAACGACUCUGUCACCAAGCAGAAGUUUGACAACCUUUACUGCUGCAGGGAGUCCAUCUUGGAUGGUCUUAAGAGAACCACAGAUGUGAUGUUUGGAGGGAAGCAGGUGGUGGUUUGUGGUUAUGGAGAGGUGGGCAAGGGUUGCUGCUCUGCUCUGAAAGCUUUGGGAGCCAUUGUGUGUGUAACGGAGAUCGACCCUAUCUGUGCUCUCCAGGCCUGUAUGGAUGGCUUUAAAGUCGUCAAGCUGAAUGAAGUUGUGCGUCAAAUGGACAUGGUGAUCACAUGCACAGGAAAUAAAAACGUAGUAACCCGAGAGCAGCUGGAUCGUAUGAAGAACGGCUGCAUUGUGUGUAAUAUGGGCCAUUCGAACACAGAGAUUGAUGUGGCAAGCCUCAGGACCCCGGAGUUGACGUGGGAGAGAGUGCGCUCUCAGGUGGACCAUGUCAUCUGGCCUGAUGGGAAAAGGGUCAUCCUGCUGGCAGAGGGACGCCUUCUGAACUUGAGCUGCUCCACCGUGCCCUCAUUUGUGCUUUCCAUCACGGCUACAACACAGGCUCUUGCACUAAUCGAGCUGUACAAUGCACCAGAGGGCCGCUACAGACAGGAUGUUUAUCUGCUGCCCAAAAAGAUGGAUGAAUAUGUGGCUAGUUUGCAUUUGCCCAACUUUGAUGCUCAUCUUACAGAACUGUCAGAUGAACAGGCCAAGUAUAUGGGCCUUAAUAAGAAUGGACCUUUUAAACCAAACUAUUACAGAUAUUAGUUUGUACGAGUCACAAAGACCUUCAUCAGGAAUGAAGCGACCUGCAUUAUCCAACGAGCCAAGAGAUUUAUUUUCUAUUUACUGUCCAUUUCUAAAAGAAAAACUUGAUUUUAAGUGAAUGUUCUUAGAGUGUCCUUAGACACCCAAUAAUAGAUUGUCAUAGCUAUACUUAUACUCUUCUAGCACUUCAUUAGAGUAACUUAUUCUGUAUGGAAUUAUCUUUAAAUCACAUUAUAAGAGAACCAUAUAUUUUAAAUUGUGCCAUGUAUGGGUGGUGGUGAAGAGUUUUUGGGAGCAUGUUCCUGGGAAUAAUCCUAUUUUUCACUUUGUCAUUUCAAUGCUUAUAUUAUACAGCGCCUUCCACCAUUAUCGUCCCCCUUGUAAAGCUUAGUAUAAAGGGGAUGAAAUGCACCUUUGGUGAAGUAGCUUCAUCUCACACUGGAAAAAAAAAAAAAAGAGAGAAAAAAAAAUCCAACCUUUAAUUGAAAUUAAU